AUGAAUAUUCAAAUACUUCUUUUUUUUAUUAGUGCUGUACUUGCAAACCCUUAUUCUGAUCCACAACUUAUUGAUAUUCCAAUACAACUAUCUACACAAUUAAGUACAACAAUUACUGAGAAAACUCAAUGUACUUCAAUGAAAUUAACAAGUAUUUAUACUUCUGCAUUUAUAUUUGACUCAAUUAAAAACCAUUCUCUUCUUGUUUCAUCAAAUACUAAUAAUGUAACAUUUUCAAUUUUCCUUGAAGGUGCAAAUAAUCACACAUGCAAUAAGGUCAUUCUUGGUAUUCCUAUCAAAAUAGAAACAAAUGUCCAAUACAAAUUAGUUGUCUAUUCAACUGAAUUAACUACUGAAUUAAUUAAUAUUAAUCUUGAGUAUGUACCAGAACAAGACGCUGAUGGUACUACAGUCACUAUAAAAGACCUUCCUUUCUUUAGGUAUAUCACUAUUCCACAUUAUAUUAAUGAAACUAAAGAUUCUUGUUCAAAUUUAGAUGAAGACCAAGAAUCACAAGGUAUAUAUGGUGAUUUGUAUACAGUUGACAUAGAUGAAGACUUACUACUUGAAAUUAAUACAUGUGGAUAUUCAGAUGGAUUAAAUGCUAUUCAUGUCCUCUAUGAAAAUGGUGGUAAGUGUCUUAAAUUAGCUGAUAGUUAUUCUACUGGAGAUUUGAAAUGUGCAAGUGGAUUAGGUGCACGAGUUUCAGUUGAAAUUCAUCCAUCUUCUCCACUUAAGAUUUAUGCAGGAUUUAUUGUCCCUUCAGUUAAUGACCGUUCAUUUUUGCUAAAUAUAACAAAAAUAGGAGAUGCAAAAGCAGAACAAAAAGAAUGGGAGAUGUGGAUGUGGUUUGGAAUAAUUACUGCAGUAAUUGUUAUUUUCUGCGCCUUUGUGAUGGGAACCAUUAUCGCAUAUGCAGUAAUUAAAAGAAAGAAAGAAGGCCAAAAUGAUGAAAGAAAACAUUUUGGUGCUUACGGUAACCUAAAUUAA